UUCACACACACACACUUCAGCACUUCAGCACUUCAGCCCCAGCAGACAUGUCAGUCUCUCUCUGGUGUGAGGAGGAACCUCAGAGGACGUCGGUCCGAGCGUCGUUCGACCCCAACGCGUCCGGCCUCAGGGUCAUCGAGAGACUGCUGCACUCCGAGGAGAGAUACGUCCCGUCUGCCCUCUACGUCUCCCUCGUCCAGAGAGAACCCAAACGGAGAGAGGAACUCGCCAAGUGGACGCUCGAGGUGUGCUGUGAUUGUGGGUGUGACGAGGCCGUGUUUCCUCUGGCCGUCUCUCUGCUGGAUCGCUACUUGUCCUCCACGCUGUCCCUCCCGUCUCCCACAUGUCUCGCCGCCGCCUGCGUCCUCGUGGCGUCCAAACUGACGGAGAGCGAGACGGUCACGGCGCAUGCGCUGUGCGCUUCCGCCGAGUACGACUUCAUCUCGUCCGACCUGCGCGAAAUGGAGCGAGUGGUGCUGGGAACGCUGCGCUGGGACGUGGCUGGCGUCACCCCUCAGGACUUCAUCCCUCACUUCCUGACGUGUUUGGAGGAGCUGAUGGGGGACGCAGAGGACAGUGGCGAUCUUGUGUCUACGCUCAGACGCCACGGGGACACGCUGGCUGCCAUGUGCGUGUGCGACUCUCGCUUUUUAGGAACUCGUCCAUCUCUAGUAGCUGCUGCCACCCUCAACUCUGCCCUCCGAGGACUGGAGGCCAAGAGGAGGUGGGAGAUGAGUCAUGUGACCAGCACGCUGGCUGCGCUGUGUUGCAGUGACCCGGCCGUGCUGCAGGUCUACAGCGAGAUGAUCGAGGAUGCUCUCAGGGAACGACUGAGGAAUGGCCGAGGGCAGGAUGACAAGGAGGACGGGAAGAACGGAGGGAUGGAGGAUGAGAGAUCGAGCACGCCGACUGACCUGAGAGAAAUCGACUUUUAAAACAAAUCUCAGAAAGCGCACACGUCCGCCAUCUUCCUCCUCCUCCACCACCACCACCAUCAUCAGUGAAACUGAUGUAAACUUCUCAAUGCUGCAUAAAAAUGUUAUUUUAAAUAUCACAAUUUUAUUUAUUUUAUUUAAUAAUUGUCGUUAUUUAUUUCUUCGUUCCUCCGAGGUGUUACGUUCUGACAGAUUUGUUUAUCGUGAUUUAGUUUUUUUGUUUGUAUGUGGAUUUUCUUUUUAUAGUGUGUGCAAUUUUUUUAAUCUGCAUGAAUUUCUACCUAAUAUUAUGUACCGUUUAUUUAUUAAUGAUCUUUAUUCGUUAUUUAUUCAUGCGUGUGAUGUUAUUUUAAUUUAUUCGGAUUUUCUUUUUGUUUACUAUGUAAGA